GCGUAAGGGAGGCGAGAAAUGUGAAAGUGUCAAUGGAUCUAUCGCUUCGAGUGGUCUCAAAGAACUCUACUUGACCUCUGAUCUUUGGUGGUCCUCUCUGGAUCACAGAGGAGUGAAGGAUUUGACUGGCAGAUUCAAGGUGAAGUGCCAAACAGACUCCCCUCUGUUCUGUCAUCUCUACCUCGUUCCCAUCAUUUUCUUCUGGAAUAUAAAUCGCAAACCUGAUGCUGUCCGACAAGAAGGGGCUUUGGACAACAUCGGGACCAUCACCAUCUCAAGAGAGAUGAAGAGACGGAUGUGAAAAAGACGUGCAAUACCCGACACUUGGAGAGUAGUGUAGAGAGAAGAAUUGUUCUGACGCUGGCAUCAUUUUCAGGCGGGGAUGAGACUGGAGGCAAUGGUCCAAACACAACGGAGGACAAUGAAGAGACAGAGCUGUGCAUGAAUGAAAGCAUUGAUCCGAGUGCACCGCACUGAUGUUACAAACCACAUGCCCCCCAAGGAGGGGCGGGUGCGUGUUGCUUUCUGAGUUGCACAAACAGACCUCGCCAUUCGAAUGACUUGAACCAUCUUCCACAAAGCUUCAGCUCACAGAAAACGUUAUUUUAUCGUCGGUCAGAUUUGGAUACGUUCACGGGAAGAAUGCUCCUAAAUAGAUUUGGAUCAUCUUGACUCCUGAUUUGAUUUUGUCAAGUCUGAAGAUGGGGGGACAGUUCUGGAUGCUCCACCAAGUUCCUUGUAGCCACUUUGGUUGCUGCUGAGCUGGAGAGGACACUACUGGGAGGGAGUGGCCUCUUCCUCCCAUCAGGAGAAUGCACACAUCCCUAGUGCAGAUCUCUGCAGCCACCAUGAGCAACAUGACGGUGCUCGACACUGCCGACCCCUACGACCUUGACAUGACCUCUGAGGCCGUCUACCCCAUCAGCUUCCAGGUUACUUUAACGGGCUUCCUGCUUUUGGAGAUAGUUUUGGGCUUGAGCUCCAACCUCACCGUCCUCGUUCUCUACUGCAUGAAGCAGAACCUCAUCAGCUCCGUCUCCAACAUCAUCACCAUGAACCUGCAUGUGGUCGAUGUGAUGGUGUGCGUUUGCUGCAUCCCAAUGACGGCCGUGGUGGUGUUACUUCCUUUGGAGGCAGAGACGGCCAUGAUCUGCUGUUUCCACGAGGCCUGCGUCUCCUUUGCAAGCGUCGCUACCGCCGCCACGGUCCUCGCCAUCACUGUGGACCGCUACGACAUCUCAGUCCGACCGGCCAAUCGCGUGCUCACGAUGGGACGAGCUGUGGCUUUGCUGGGAUCCAUUUGGGCUCUGUCCGUUUUCAGUUUCCUGGUUCCCUUCAUGGAAGUAGGUUUCUUCGUCGGGCAUGGUUCGGAUCUGGUGAACCAGACUACACUGGUCACAGUCGCUCAUACUAAUGAGUACUACACCGAGCUGGGUUUGUACUAUCACCUGCUGGCACAGAUCCCCAUUUUCUUCUUCACAGCCGUGGUGAUGCUGGUGACUUAUUACAAGAUCCUUCAGGCGCUGAACAUCCGCAUUGGGACACGUUUUCAGCACAACCUACCUAAAAAGAAGCAAAAGAGCAAAAACACUAUCUCACUGAGCACUGCGACACAAGCGGAGUCCACGGACGCUUCUCAGAGCAGCACAGGGGCGCGGGCAGGGGGGAGCGCACCUAUGGGAAUGCGGGCAUCAGUUUCUGUCAUUAUCGCUCUACGACGUGCAGUGAAGCGUCACCGGGAGAGACGGGAGAGACAGAAACGAGUCUUCAGGAUGUCUCUCCUCAUCAUCUCCACCUUCCUGCUUUGCUGGACUCCAAUUACUGUUCUGAACACCAUCAUCCUCAGCACGGGGCCCAGCGAUUUGACUGUCCGCCUCCGCCUGGGCUUCCUGGUGAUGGCAUACGGAACCACCAUUUUCCACCCGCUCCUCUACGCCUUCACCCGGCAGAAGUUCCAGAAGGUUUUGAAAAGUAAAAUGAAGAAGAGGGUGGUUUCUGUGGUGGAGGCCGACCCCACGCCGAACAAUGUGGUCAUCCAUAACUCCUGGAUCGACCCCAAGAGGAACAAGAAGGUCACCUUCGAGGACACGGAGGCCAGACAAAAGUGUCUGUUGUCACAGGACGCAGAGUAACGGGAUCAACUCUCGUGUAAAUAUAUCAAAUAUGUACAGCAAAUGUGGAUUACAGUCUCGGAAUAUGGCUGACAAACUGUCGUUAAAGAGGGACUUCUUCAUGGAAAUAGAGAAGGAAGAAUUCCGACCACAAUGUUGCAGUCUAAACAAGCUAAACCCUUUUAAAGGCUCGACUGCAUAAGUCCUGGGCAGCUUACUAAAAAGAUGAUUUAAAACGAGGAUCUGCUUCCUGCGACCAGAGGAAUAAAAAGAUUAAAAGCAAGAAGCUGUGAAAAUAUCAGAUUUAAAAAAAAAAAAAAAAAAAGGGAAAAUACCAGCAGCUGAAUAUGUUUUGCAUUUACGUUUGAGUUUGUCCUUAGUGCAAGAAAUGUCUCCAACACAUGUUUAUUUAUUACUAAUUAAAGUGGGAUAUCGUAGAGUGCUACCAAGGACAGCUCAGUCAUAGAUAAUUAUGUAAGCGGCAGCGAUGUUGUUCUCUGAUGUUAGCGUAAGAUGAAACAAAUGUGUCUGUAAAGGACGCCUUGAUAUUGUUUGUCACCCUUUGUAAUAAAGACACAUUAUGUGUCAGGAUCA